UCCACUCCAGUCUCCACUCUCCAGGAGGAGAGUUAAUGUAUUAUUAAACUUGGUUUUCUUGGUGACAUUUUAAAGUUUUGUUUAAGUAUAAUAGUGGCACAUUAAGUCCGCAUACCUUUACAACGUGGAACUAUAUCAAAAGUUAGUUGGAAGUGUUAAUUAAUUUAUUGGUUACUCCCUGGUUUCGUCUAACUUAUAGAGGUUUCCUGAACAACCAUUUCCUUCAUGGGGCGUUCACGGUCUAGAAGUAAAUCUCCUAGAAGGCGACAUCAUAAAAAUAAACAUUCUCACAAGAGGUCAAAAUCUCGUGAACGAAGUUCACACAAGCAUGGUGAUAAAACUAGAGAAAGAAGCUCAAAAACUAGGAAAAGAUCCCACUCCUCAUCUAGUAGCAGUUCAGAUGCUUCCAUCGACACAACAAAGCUGCACAAGAAAAAAUACCACGAUAGAAAAAUGGACGAAGUGGAACGUUUGGCAGAAAUGGAAAGGCAAAGGAGGCAACGAGAGAUCGAACAGAAACUGGUAGAGGAAGAGACAGCUCGAAGAAUAGAAGUCAUGGUUCAAAAAAGAGUGGAAGAAGAACUCGAAAAGAGGAAAGAGGAAAUAGAAGCAGAUGUGUUACGAAGAGUCGAGGAGGCGAAAAAGAUUAUGGAGAAGGAAAUGAUGGAAGAAAUGGAAAAGAGAAGACAGAUUUUAUUGGAAGAAGAAAAGAAAAGAGAGGAGGAAGAAAGAAAAAAGAGGGAGGAGCUGGAACAGAUUUUGGCUGAAAACAACCGAAAAAUGGAAGAAGCUCAGAGAAAACUGGCUGAAGAAAGAUUGGCUAUGGUUGAAGAACAUAGAAAAAUGGAAGAAGAGCGUCAAAGGUUAAAGAAAGAGCAUGAAAAGAGGAUAAAGGAAGAACAGAAGAAAAUAUUAGGAAAAAACAAUUCAAGACCGAAAUUAUCAUUCUCACUGAAACCGACAACAUAAGAAAUCGUCUAGUGAGAUUGUAGUUAGUUUGCAUGUGUAAAUAUAAAAUAGGUUUAAGUUGAAUGUAAGUUAUUUUUACUGACUAGAGAUUGUAAUUUGCUCACAAUCACUGUUGUUAAUUGAAAACUUGUGUUCAGUUACAUAUUUUGAUUAAGCAUUAUCUCGAUUAUGUGUUAUGUUUUAAUAAUACAUAUAAAUUAUGUAGCUUAUCAUUUUUUACUUUUCACAAAUCACAAUAACUCACAAAAAUUAUAAUUCUUUAAGACUUUUAAAAAACAUAUAAUUAUACUUAAAGUAGGUAACUAUUAUAAUUAAAAUUGAAGCAAAACAUUUUGUUUAGAGGCAUCGACUGUCUAUAGGCCUACUGUUAAAGUUAACCAACAUCAGUUUUAUAGAAAAAUUUUAUUAAACAAAAAAUUGUUAUGUAUAUUUUUCAUCUAACAACAAAAUAUGUUAGUAAAUAUAUUGUCGAAGAAAAGGUUUUAAUUGUAACAUUAUUUUUAAUUAAUUAAUUAACAUUAAUUUUAACAUAAUUUUAACUGAAGAAGCUGACAACUUUUUUAUUUUAUUUUUUUCAUUAAAUUAUUCAUAUAAUAUUUAAUAAAGGUUAAUAUUAUAACUGGCAUCCAUCAAACCAUUUUAUAAGAGGUAUUUAAACUUAAAAGAUAAGACACCUUUGACGUUUUAAAAGAAACAUUCUAUUCUAUUUCCUGAUUUACUUCCUACCUGACAACUUGUUAAUUUGAAUGUAAAGUAAGUAGAUCCUUCUCGAGGUACUGAUCGGUCUAUAAACUUAAGGAUACAAAACUGUCGUCGUAUCCUUACUCCAAAACAGGUAAAAGUCAACUUAUGUAAUUCUUUAACUAUUGUUAAUAUAAAAGUUCCAUGGACUGUGAGUUCCUUCUAACAUUAACCACAAAAGUCUUUACUGAGCAAAUUAAAUUUUUUUAUGUUAACCUAUAGCAGUACAGUGUGCUUGGUUGGGAUCCUGCCCCAUUUUAAAUGUUCAAAUCAAAUAAUUUAUUUCAUUUGAAUAAAUAAACAGUGCCUCAGUUAAGAGGAGAAGCAUCUUUCUGCUCUUCUUUGGGUUUUGCUAUGCAGUGUUAUGUGGCAUGGGAAGUUAGAGGGGAAAAAAUCAUAUAACUUAGUCUGAGUAGCCAUACAUUUUGUAAGACUUAUAAAAUGUAUUAUUAAGUCAAAAUGAACAUAUGUGGUAGUAUAAGUUCAAUCAAUCAAUAAUAAAUUUUACUUUAACAAUCUAUAAGGUAAUAAAAGAAAAUGGAGGUGUAACUUCAUCGUGUCAAAAUAGUGAUCAUUUUUAGAGUGUUGUUUAUUAGACGGUUACCUCACAUACGCUGCUAGUGAGUAAAUAUUUUUUUAACUAUAAUUUUCAUGUUAAACUUGAUUUUCUUUAUAAACAAACUAAAAUCCUUUGAGACCCCAGAUUUUAUUAUAGCAGUAAAUAAUUUACCGUACUGAUGUAUGGCCACUUCAUUUUGAUUGUUUCAAUGCCGUGAUUUUAUAUAAAAGCAUAUAUAAAGAAAUUAUUCUUUUUGUAACUGCCAAGCAAAUUGUUUUGUAAAAAUUAAAAAUUGGUAUCCAUAUAAUUAAUACUCUACAUGAAACUUUGUCGGUUGAACUCCUCCACCAUUUCUUAACCGAUUUUAUCCAUUGACCUCUCAUUGAAAAGAGCGUGUCGCUUUUGCAAACUGACCUUACAUUUUUGAAAAAGUUCCUUGGGCUCUGCCCCAGUGGCUGUUAAAGUUCCCAUGUUAUCCUUAUGAAGAACAUAAUUGUUUAAAUUUUGAUCAGCUGUAGUCUCUUGGAUUGCAAACUAAAGAUCACCUGAUUGUAACUGUCAAAUUAGUUUGUAUUUUUUUUAUUAUUUGAUUGUUAUUGUUUUUAUAAGAACACACAUUAUAUACAAAAUAAAAACCAAAUCAAAACAAAUACAUAUACUAAUUUGACAGUUAUAAUCAGGUGAUCUUUUGUUUGCAAUCCAAGUGACGUCAGAAUAUGAUGGGAAUAGCACACCUAUGUUUUUUCCUUCCACCAUGAAUACAAAGUCUAACUCAUCGGAAAUUAUGAUGACUUUUAUUUGUUUUAAAAUAAUAAUAACUACUUUACUUCUUUGCAAUUGCUCGAUUUCGAGCAACGUGUUUACUAGUUACUAUUAAUGUGAAACAUUAUGUUGUUCUCAAUAAGUAUUAGUCUGCACAUUAUUAUUUGUGUGCCUUUUAUUUUUAAAGUUUUUUUUAAGAAAGCAAGUAUGUGUGGAGUACUUUAUGAAUUGGUAGUCGUUAUCAACUGAAGUAUCUGAUUCUUCCAUGCACAUUAUUUUUUACAUUUUGGUUUUUUUGCCUUCUUUAAUGUGAUUUGAUCUGUUAGUAGAACUAUUGGUUUAUUUUCUCUCUUGGGAUAAUUUUUUUAAAGAAGGGGGGUUCUAAAAUCAUAGUGUGUUUCUAUGAAUUGAGACGGUUACAAAAUCCUCUAUCAUUACCAUAACUAAAAACGAAACCAAUUUUAAUAGGCUUAUUAAUGUAACAGGGUUUAGUUAAAUGUUUCUUUAUCAAUAGUUUAAGGUAAGUUACCCAAAUAGGCACAUCCUAAGUGAAAUGUUUCUUUAAAACUAAUAAAAUACUUCAGGCUUCA